CCCGGCAAUUUAGAUCUCGGCUGCAUUGGCGCUAUCGGACAAGGCUUGCAUUAGUAGCAACCAGAAAAAAGGUGCCAAUUCUUCUAACUUUGAUCCUGACAUCGCCAAAACAACAGCAUCUCGUCUCAAUAAAUGGGCAAAGUCAAACGACAAGCCCAGAAACAUUCAAACCAUCAUGAUAAUCUAAGAAAAGGAAAGGCGGCCGUAGUCCGGCGUCAGCAUAGCCAGAAACCGCCCCAGCCAGCGAAGAAAGCGACUUCUCAAGCUGCCACAAAUGGGACAUCGCAAGGUCGACUGAAUGUGCCUUUUACCAAGCAUGACAAUGUGCUGCUUGUAGGAGAAGGCGACUUUUCGUUCUCUUCGUCUCUGAGACUCCACCAUAAAGUCAAUCGGAUCACGGCAACAUGUUAUGAUUCAAAAGAGACACUCGAGAGCAAGUACCCGGACAUCACGAAGAGAAUAAGGCAGCUGGAACAAUCUGAUCGUGAGAUUGCUGCAGCGUCACAAUUGGAAGCCGUGUCCGAUGAUAACUUCAAUGAAGAUGCAGAGGCAGAGUGGAAAGGUUUCUCACCAUCGCCGGCUUCCCCUGAACAGGAAGAUGAGCCACAAGAAAAUACAUGGAGAAGACCACCAGUGAAUGUCCUCUACGCUAUCGACGCAACGAAACUUUCUUCAACGCACAAGAAACGUCUUGGACCCUACACCCCGUUCACCAAGAUUGUCUUCAAUUUCCCCCACGUCGGAGGCUUGAGUACAGACGUCAACAGGCAAGUCCGCUACAACCAGGAACUUCUCGUGGGGUUCUUCAAGGCUGCCAAGGGAUUACUGUCGUCACCUAGUCGGCCUUCGAGACUAAUCCAGUCGGAAGAAUAUGACGAAGACGACGACGUGUCAGAAGAUGACUAUAAGCGAAAUCCAGGAGCUGUCAAAGGUCAGAUCUUAGUUACAUUGUUUGAGGGCGAGCCUUACACGCUGUGGAACAUUCGCGAUCUGGCCAGGCAUUCUGGACUCAGGGUCGUGGAGAGCUUCAAGUUUCCCUGGUUGGCGUACCCGGGUUAUCAGCAUGCGAGGACGAUAGGAGAGAUCACCACGGGCAAAGACAGGAGUGAGGAAGGGAGACGAAAAGGGGCGUGGAGAGGAGAGGAGCGUGAGGCCAGGUGCUAUGUGUUGGAAGACAAGAAAUCGGAGGGGAAUGUAAGAAGGUCAAGAAAGAGGAAGCAAGGAAGUGACGACGAGGACAGUGAGUAGAAAAUGUCAAGUAGCAGAAGCCUUCUGCUUCCAAAUCAA